CAAACUUAAGAGAGAAAUUUGUAAAGAAUAAAAUAAUACAAGGGCACUUUGCGGAGGUUCGCCGUCUCAUCCAUGAAAUCUAAUCAAAACCUAUCCUCUUCCCCUGUCUGAGAGAGUCAGUCUUCGCUCAAUCACUGUCUCUUGAGGGUCCUCCGAAUCAAUGUCCACACAUAACAUUUUCGAGACAUAACACGAUCCCAACGACCCACCAAAAAAAGAUUGAAUUUUGAAACCAAAGUCGAAGACUUUGAGCGAUCAGAACAAAAGAUGCUCAAGAGCGAGCCAUCUCUCUCAAUCUACUGCGAAUCUGGGCUCAAUCCAGAAGACACGGCGACUGGAACCGAUGAGAAUUUGGAUAGAACGGUCUCGAUUGGCGACUCGGUUGAAGCCGACUUCAGCUUUGCUAAGCACAACAGCAGCAGCAUCGAUGCCUUGUCGAUCAAGGAAGAGGAUGAGAUUGAGCGACCACCGAGUCCUCCUAUGCAUUUAGCUGCAGGGCUUGGGAUUGACAAGUUCGAUCUGUAUGGUGGUGAGAUCAAAUUCGAUUUGCCGAGUUUGGAUGAUGAGAGGUGUGGUGAUUACUACAAGAGGAUGCUCGAGGAGUAUCCGUUGCAUCCUUUGCUUCUCAGAAACUAUGCUAACUUCUUGGAGUACAAAGGAGAUUUUAGUGGAGCAGAAGAGUAUUAUCACAAGUGUACUGUGGUUGAGCCUAGUGAUGGGGUAGCUUUAGCUAACUAUGGUAGAUUGGUGAUGAAGCUUCACCAGGAUGAAGCUAAAGCGUUGAGCUACUUUGAACGCGCUGUUCAAGCAUCUCCUGAGGAUAGCAAUGUUCUUGGAGCAUAUGCUAGUUUUCUCUGGGAGAUAAAUGAUGAGGAUGACGAUGAGGUUGAUGACGACGCUUUUGGAGACAGAACUCGCCAAGGAAAAGAAGACUUUGAGCCUGAGGCAGGGGAAAAACGCAGCUCGAGGUUGUCUGAAACAGAAGAUGGAGAAACACUAUGCAGAUACGCAAAAGCGUUUUGGAGUAUUAAUGGUGACAAGGAGAAGGCCUUGUUCUAUUUCGAGAAGGCCGUUGAAGCCUCUCCAAAUGACAGCAUUAUACUUGGAGAGUACGCUAGGUUCCUAUGGGAAAUAGAAGAAUGAUGAUCAUCUAGAAGAGGAAGAAGAAGAUAUAUCUCUAAAGUCUCAGGUUCAUAAGAUCUCUCCUUCGUGAAGAAGAAGCUAUGCAAGCUUCACUCAUUUCCGUUAAUGUCUUUGUUUUCUCAAAAUCCUUAUAAUAUCUCUUUGCAUAUUCGAAUGUUUUUGCAGAAUAAACCUAAUCGAUGUAAUGUAAAUGCUUCUUGAUACGCUCGGACCCACUUUAUCUAUCAUGGAGUUUCAAUCAAA